GAAUCAAAGCGUCUCUCUCUUCUUUCUCACAGCUAACAUUUCAGAUCGAUCAAAGCUCAAAAGCAACAAGAAAGCUGGUGGGAGGAUAUGGAAAAGCAUCAAGUACAACAGUACGACAAGAAUGAUGAUGAUGAGUUCUAUGAGAAGAUUGAAGCGCCUAAGUUUGUGGAUUUCACCGUUCCCGAUCUACCUCUUCUCGACGAUCGUUCCUGGUUUUGUUUGCGUAUCGGUUGCAACCAAAAGCAUGAAGACAUGGAUCCUGAUGCUCUGUAUAAAAGUUUCGUUCUUCGGGUCAUGGCAGCAAGGAGCCCCAACUUAAAACUUGAGAAGGCAUUAAGUAGACAAGCUCCAUGGUCAAAAACUAAAUGCCCACAAUCAGCACCAGCAAAAUCUUCCAAGAAUAGAAUAUCAAGAUUGACUGCAAUCGCAUUGGCUUCUCAAAAGAUGGGUGACAACAAAUUGAAAGUUCAUCCUAUAUCUAGGCUUAAAUCAGCUUCAAUUGUUAAGGCUAUGAUGCAAACUUCUGUUGCUGCAAAGGCUUUGACAACUCCUACGUAUAAAAAGUGCCUCCAAGGUCCAGAUCCCUUCCGUAGUGCUAAGAACCCAAAAACAGCUGUUUCAUUGACAAAGAAUAGAGUGGUCUCAAAGGCCCUGAUAUUCCACACGCCAAAGAAAAAUGAAAGGGUGAAAAAUUCAUUAACAGAAUUACGUGCACAAAUGAAGAAGCUUGAUAUAACCAGUCGGCAAAAGCAGGGGCGUUCACGUAUUGUAUCAUCGAGGUACAAUACUUGCAAUAAUACUAACAGCAAGGUCCCUACUUCAGAUCCUUUGAAAGCACAUUUAAGUGCCAAAAAGUUAAAAAGCCAAGGUGAAGUUUCAUAUGUUUCUCAUGAUUCCAAGGAUGGCCAGGCUGUAAAAUCUUCAAAAUGUCUGAAGACCAAAACCAAAGCCAAUUUACCAAGAUGUAAGCAAUACAUCACGCCUCAGGAACGUAUUGAUGACAACACUAGUGACAUGGAGAUUGAUGGAAAAUCAAAGGAUGGCUCCUCAGAAGUGUGUUCUGUAUCAGGUAGUUCCAGAAAUAUUGAAGAACCUGGUAAUGACAAGCCCCUAAUCAUUGCAAAGGCCUCAGAAAAUUUAGGUGCAACUCCUACUCAAGAUGAAACAACUCUGAUUGGGGAGGAUUCAUUAGCAAGCUCAAGCUAUGUAACAGCCAUAAUUUCCAAUUUGGAGGAGACUUUGAAAGAGAUAUGUCCCGAAAUUCUAACUUCAAAAGCAGGAGAUACAACUCAUGAGAGAAGGGGAGAGCAUGAUGAGGAUGUAGGAUCGAAUUACAAGAAUAGGAAAGAUCUAGAAUGUAAUAUUCCCAAAUGCCAAAAUCCCAAUGUAGCAGGAGUUGAGAAUUACACCAUGGAAAGUGAUGAUAAAGAAAAUGCUUCAGUGUCUUUUGAUAACAGGGAGAAUAAAGUGGAUAAUAGCCACUCUAAACCGAAGAUCCUAAUCAAGAAUGAGGCUCAUGACAAGUCUCAGAAGCUCAUUCGAGAGCAUGGUAAAAUAGAUUGCUCUGCUUCUGCUCCUGCUGCCCAAAAGUACAAGAAAACAAAGCCAACAAACCCUAAACCUUUCCGACUACGGACUGAUGAAAGGGGAAUUCUUAAGGAGGCAAACCUGGAUAGAAGGUUGCAUCUUCUUGAUCCUUUCAAAGAAAAUGCAAAAGUUAAAAAGCUACAUACUGGAAGCUUGCAUAGAAGGCAUAUCACGCAGACUCGACAAACUGAGAGGUCACAUGGAGGCAACCAAACUGAUUCAGAAAAAAGAGUUCAAAAGCUGAAAAAUGUAUACCUUAAAACAUCAAAAUGUGCAACAGAGACAAAGGUGGUGUCAACCAUUAGACAACAAGAUAAGCUGGAAGAUGCUAAGGAGAGAACAGGUCGAAAAGCAGAGAGCACCUCGAAAAAGACUAAAUCACCUUUUUUGCGGCCUCAAAGGUUUGCUUUAAUGUCUAUGUUAUGUUAUCAUGGAAUGUGAGAAACUUCAAUCUCCACUAGGACUGAUCUAACCAUUCUCUUGUGCUUCUGCCUUCGUUUCUGUUGCCAGGAUGAUGGGCCCAGCAAGUAAGGCAACAACUGACAAUGGCAUCACAAACACCAUCAUCAGUAAACCAACAGCUAUAAGGUCAUGUUCGAUGGGUAAAAGACCUGCAACAAUUAUGUAGGAACCAAACUUUCACAGUGUUCAUGUACCAAAGAGUUGCACAAAGAAGCUGUCCGUGGCAAUCGCUUCAUAAUUUUUUUUGCAUCUUUUUGUCUUUCUGUAAUUUAUAGUUUAUGCUGUUCAAUUAUUUCAUUGAAUUCUCUUAUUUCUGUUUCC